UUACAACGAUGUCCGAAGCACUGAGGCAACCCGGAAGUAUGCAUGCAGCAUUGCGUGACCCUUCUUGUUCUUGCUCGAUGCUUUGUCGCUUCGAAUUUUGUUUGUUGCAAUGCAAGUCGGGAGCGAGCUACGUCGCGUGUAAUAACAGCGUCCAAGUUCACGAAAGCUCUUGCCACUCCGGCCCGAAGGCGGCAAGGGAAGUCGCGCCCGAGGGAGGCGAGGCGGCUCUCGGCCCUCGCUGCGCGGCGCGCUCUUCUUGCUGUUGCUUUGAAGCGUGCAAGAGCGAUGGCUUCAAGAAUCUCUUUCCUGGACUGCGCCAAGUAGAACACACGCGCCUUUUGCAUUUCUCCCCUCCCGGCCACCGUAUAGUUUGUACUUGAGUUUUGAUCUUGUUUUCUUCGCCGUGGCCGCCGGCUACUGCCGCGUUUGCCAUGCAUCCUCCACUCACUUUCUUUAAUGGUUGGGGCGUAAAUUGGCAAUCUCAUUGUGCAGUCGCGUCCUCCCCCCUUCGGUCCGCAGCUGUGCGAGAGUCAACGUUUUGCAAUCCACUUGGCACGAUGACCUCCUCUUCCGCCGCCGUGCCUCCCUAUAUAAGAGAAGUGCCUGGAACGGAGAAGUCAGAGCUUGCAGUCCCUGCAGAGGAACGAUCUCCAGGAUGAAGCUUAUGCUAAGUGCUGUGUUUUGUGGCUGCCUUGUGGCAAGCGCAACCGCCGGUUCUCUCGGUGGAUUUGGCGGUGGUGGCUUCGGCGGUGGCGGCUACGGUGGCGGCGGCUACGGCGGUGGCGGCUACGGCGGCGGCGGCUACGGCGGCGGCGGCUAUGGUGGCGGAGGCUACGGCGGUGGCGGUUUCGGAGGCGGCGGCGGUGGCGGCGGAGGGAUCGGCAAGAUCAUCAUAAUCAAGACAACUGGAGGCGGAGGCGGAGGCUACGGCGGUGGUGGAUUCGGAGGUGGAGGCUACGGGGGUGGAGGCUUCGGCGGAGGCGGCUUUGGCGGCGGCGGAAAGUACGGCGGUGGUGGAUUCGGAGGAUUUGGCGGUGGUGGCUACGGCGGAGGUGGCUACGGCGGUGGUGGCUGGUGGUGAUUCUCAUCCCUGCGCAUCAGUUUGAAGCCACCCUGAAGAGGCCCGCGCCGGUCCCAAGGAAGUUCGUAUUGUGCCUCGCGUACUUGUGUAAGCCAUCUGCAGGAACUUUUCGCGAAGUGUCACCGAUUGCACCGGAGUACACCCAUGAAACACCACACGGGUCGAACCAAGAGAAGAGCUCGCUUGCAUGUGCCACCACUGCAAGCCUCUUCCUUUGUGAAUAAAAAGACGUUCCAUCCUCACUGAAACCUGGGUUUUUUAAGUCACUUUAUAAUUCACUCUGCAGCGUUAUAAUUCCGUAGAGGAGUCAGCGACGAGUUAU